AUGGAACAAAUUAGUACCCCAUCAUCAGUUGGUUCAACCACCAGUCAAUAUUUAAAUCACAACUUAAUCAACAAUAAUCAUCAUAACAAUAAUUUAAAUUAUAAUUUCACACAUGAUUAUAAAGUACCACAACAUUAUCACACUCAAUAUAAUCAAUCAAACACAUCAUCUUACACACAACCACAACAAACUCAACCACUUCCUUCAAUAUUUGCUACUCAGACACCUCAACAACAAUCACAAGAUUCUUCCGUAUUAUUUACAAAUACUUUCCCUUAUAGUGGUUCGAACAAUAAUAAUCAAGUAUUAGAUUACUCACAACAUUACAAUCCAUAUAUUCAACAACAACCACAACAACAAACAUAUAGCACCUCUUCUUAUCCAUUAACACAUUAUAACUAUCACAAUCAAACCAAUAACUCCAGUGAUCAACGUUAUCCCUUAAGUCCAGCAUCAAUUUCAGAAAAGAGUAGUUCAGUUUCAUCGGUUUCUUCAACUGCUUCCUCACAUUAUAAUUAUACACAUCCAUCACUUUAUCUUCAACCACCUGGCUAUCAACAUCAACCUCAAGCACCUCCAUCUACCACAAAUAUAGAUUAUUCAUCUUUAGUUUCAUAUACUAUUUCACCAUCUUUAAAGAGAAAAAGAAGAAAAAGAAAAGAUAAUACAACUUCCACUACAAAACCUUUAUUACCAUCAAUAACCAACCCAGGAUCAAAUUUAAAUGACAUUUCUGAAUCAUUUCCGUGUACAUUAUGUGAUAAAGUUUUCCAAAAACCAUACAAUUUGAAAUCUCAUAUGAAAACUCAUUCAUCAGAUAAACCUUUUCCAUGUUCAUAUUGUUCAAAAACUUUUGCAAGAAGUCAUGAUAAAAAAAGACAUGAAGUAUUACAUCAAGGUAUUAAAAAUUUUAAAUGUGAAGGUUAUUUACAAGAUGGUAUAACUAAAUGGGGUUGUGGUAAAAAAUUUGCAAGAAGUGAUGCUUUAUCUAGACAUUUUAGAACUGAAACUGGUUGGUUAUGUAUUAGACCAUUAAUGGAUGAAGCUAAAAGAUUGGAAGUAGCAAAUAAUAAUAAUAAUAAUGGGGUUAUUCCAGUAAAUUCUAAUACCACUGGUGGUAAUGAAUCUGGUACUAAUUUUAAUACUUUACCUAAUUCUAUUGAUUUCAAAUCUUUAGGAAAUGAUGAGUUUUUUGAUAAUUCCAAAUUAAUUAGAAAACUAAUACAUAGUAAGUAA